UAGGUUUACGUCUAGAUGCGUCGUAACGUGUCGCGUGUGAUCGGAGGUCGAAUCUCGUUCCUUCGCAGUCAUUGGAGAGGUUUCUGCACGACUUUGCUACCGGUCAUCCUUUUGCCGAUAUUCCUGAUCGGUGGAACGACAAGUCUGAAAUGUCUGUACGUUAUAAUCCUGAUGGUCGGAUAUUGGGUCUCCGAAUCACUUCCGCUCCCCAUAACAGCUCUGAUUCCGACGGUUUUGUUCCCGACGAUGGAUAUAAUAUCUUCGGACAUCGUCCCCAUCUGCUACAUAACCGAAGGUAACAUUCUGUUCAUGUGCAGCUUGAUGUUGGCUCUGGCCAUCGAGCACAGCCAACUGCAUCGUCGCCUCGGAUUGGGUCUUCUGCUGGCGGUGAAAUGCCGGCUGCGAUUGUUCAACUUCGUUUUGGCCGCUCUGGCCACGUUCGUUUCCAUGUGGAUGGCCAACGUUUCGGCCAUCGUCGUCCUCUACCCGAUCCUCGAUGCAGCAUUCAGAUGCCUCCAGUCGCACAGCACCGAAAUAUCCUAUUUCUCCAGAUUGGAAGCGGCCGAAGAGACGUUGGAUUUGAGUCACGUCAAUUUGGAGCGCGACGAAGAGGAGGUUCCGAGUCGCGAAGCGAUCUGCACGUUUCUCACGUGCGCGUACGCCUCCACCGUGGGCGGAAUAAGUUGCAUGGCCGCGGAUUCCAUAAACCAUAACUUCAACGCGAUUCACAGCGAGAAAUUCCCGAGCGUUCCCAACGAGGUGACGACGCUGAAAUGGGCCUUGCUGAAUCUUCCGAUUGCGUUGAUCACCAUAGCUUCGCUAUGGUUGUGGCUGCAAGUUCAGUACAUGGGACUUUUCAGAGAGAAAUCGAACGCCGCUCAGAGAUUGGAAAGGUUCACGUUGGAGAAGGUUCAGGUUCGCGCUGGGAUUCGAGACGAGUUUAAGGAUUUGGGCGCUUUGACUUUUCACGAGAUCGGAGUCGCCGGUUGUCUGCUGCUGGCUCUCUUCUUGUGGUUCUUCCGACAACCGGAUUUCCUGGAGGGAUGGUCCACGCUCUUCACCGAACUCAAGGUUUUUGCGGAUUUUCAUAUACGUUCGUUUCAAAUGUUUGUGUAUGGUUUUGCUUGCCAGAUCCAAGAUUCGACUUGUUCCAUCCUGAUCGUGGCGCUGCUGUUCAUGAUUCCCUCGAAGUUCGAUUGGAGAAAGUUAGUGUCCGAGGAUUACGAGCGCGAGGAUUGGGACGGAUUGCUGACGUGGGCGGUGGUGCAGAAGAGGAUGCCCUGGGGAUUGCUCGUGCUUGUAGGCGGUGGGAACGCAAUCGUGGAAGGUUCGAGGUCGGCGGGCAUCGGGCAGGGCCUGGUUCACAAGUUGCGCGAUAAUUACCACUUGCUGCCCAAGUUCGCGGUGCUCGCUGCGGUCUGCUUCUUGGGCAGCGUCCUCACCGAGCUCAGCGGACACAUUGCGGUGAUCGAUCUGCUGCUGCCGAUCGCGGCGGACAUCGCGCAGAUGGCCAGAUGGCAUCCACUGUACCUGAUGAUCCCCGUCACCAUAGCCAGUUCGCACGCCUUCUGCCUGCCCGCCUCCGCGCCGACGAACGCCGUCGUCCAGUUUUACUGCAAGAUACCGACGAGAGAGAUGCUCUUGGCUGGAAUUGCCGUCUCCGUCAUCGCCGCUUCCGUGAUUCUACUUGUUUUUCCGUUAUUCGGAGCCAUCAUGUUCGGAAUUCACAAAGAAAACUUCAUUGAAUACACCUAAUAAAAUAAUAACAUCAUUCAACGCCAUCUUAUUCAUUUUAUGAUCAAAAUUGUCAAAGUUUGACAUCAUCAUUUGUUUUAUGUAAAAUUG